AUGAGCAAAAAAUCAGCAAUUCCCAGUGCCUGGGACGACGAUUGGGAAACUCAAGCCGACGCAUGGGAAUCCGCACCACCAUCAAAAAGUAAAGUGAUCGAGGAAGAGCCCAAAAUAUCCAAGGCGGAACGAUUAGCAAAACACGCGGAGAUUAACAAGAAGAUCUGGGAAUCUGCCGAAACACCAGGCGGUCUCUCAGAAGAAUUCCCCUUUCUUCCACCUAAUCUCGCCAAACCUGUUCCAUUAGCUACACCGUACAAGGCACCUCUUACACUUCUCUCUCGUAAACCGGCACCUAGAACCAUCACCAAAAUAGAUCCUCGAACUGGUAAAACGAUCACCAUUGAAGCAGAAGAGGAAGAGGAGGUUAUUGUCACAGGACCAACUGCCGAAGAGUUGCGCGAAAAGACACAACGUGAGCGAUUCUAG